GAGUUUCAGAGUUUUCUUCUACGUACUUGUAUCUCAUUUGCUUUUCUUUUUGCUCUCACUAGCAGCAACUCCACCUUUGUCUGUGAUCCUGCCCGUUUUGCUGAGCUUAAACUGGAGAUGUCCACCUUCGCCUUCUGCGAUAAAUCGCUUCCCUUCGCCGUGAGGGUGAAGGAUUUGGUGGAUCAAAUGACACUUGAGGAAAAGGUGCAACAACUUGGAAAUCUUGCUUCUGGUGUGCCCAGGAUAGGGUUGCCCAGUUAUCAGUGGUGGUCUGAGGCAUUACACGGGGUUUCCGACGUCGGUCCUGGCACAUUUUUUGACAGUGUUGUUCCUGGAGCAACAAGCUUUCCCACUGUUAUUCUUACAACAGCUUCGUUCAAUGAGUCAUUGUGGAAAACGAUUGGACAGGCUGUUUCAACCGAAGCAAGAGCCAUGUACAAUCUAGGGCGAGCUGGAUUAACAUAUUGGAGUCCAACCAUUAACGUAGUGAGGGAUCCAAGAUGGGGAAGAACCAUAGAAACACCCGGUGAAGAUCCUUUCAUUGUUGGUAAAUAUGCUGCAACAUAUGUUAGAGGCCUACAGGAUGUUGAUGGAUUUGAAAAAUCAAAGGAUUCAAACUCUAGACCUCUAAAAGUUUCUUCAUGUUGCAAGCACUAUACUGCCUAUGAUGUUGACAAUUGGAAAGGUGUUGAUCGUCUCCAUUUCGAUGCAAGGGUGACUGAACAAGAUAUGGAAGAAACAUUCCAACGACCAUUCGAAAUGUGUGUUAAAGAAGGUGAUGCUAGUAGUGUUAUGUGCUCAUAUAACCGUGUUAAUGGCAUACCUACUUGUGCUGACCCCAAACUUUUGAAUCAAACCCUUAGAGGAGAAUGGGAUCUUCAUGGAUACAUAGUCUCGGACUGUGAUUCGAUAGAAGUUAUGGUUGAUGACCACAAAUUUCUUGGUGACACAAAUGAGGAUGCUGUUGCUCGAACACUAAAAGCUGGUUUGAAUUUGGACUGUGGUGUCUACUACACCAACUUCACUGCAAAUUCUGUUCAACAAGGGAAGGUCAGGGAAGGAGAUAUAGACAAGUCAUUGAAGUACUUGUACACAGUACUAAUGAGGCUCGGCUUCUUCGAUGGAAACAAUAAAUACGAAUCUCUGGGAAAGAAUGAUGUGUGUUCUCCUCAAAACAUUGAGUUAGCUACAGAAGCAGCAAGAGAAGGAAUUGUUCUUCUAAAGAAUGAUGAACAUACUUUGCCUCUGAACUCAUCUAACUUCAAAACCCUAGCUGUCGUCGGGCCACAUGCCAACGCUACAAAGGCCAUGGUUGGGAAUUAUGCAGGUAUUCCAUGUCGGUACACUUCUCCUAUUGGUGGAUUUUCUGCAUAUGCAAACGUGAGUUACUCAAUGGGAUGCGGCGAUAUUGCUUGCAAAAAUGAUAGCUUAAUAUUCCCAGCUGUGCAGACCGCAAUGAAUGCUGAUGCUACCAUAAUUUUGGUUGGCUUGGAUUUAUCUGUUGAGGCGGAGGGAUUGGAUAGAGAAAAUCUCUUACUUCCAGGUUCACAAACUGAGCUUAUCAACCAGGUCGCCGAAACAGCCAAAGGUCCUGUUGUUCUUGUGAUCAUGUCUGCAGGUGGUGUUGAUAUCUCAUUUAUUAAGAAUAAUACAAAAAUCAAAGCGAUCUUGUGGGCUGGUUAUCCUGGAGAAGAAGGUGGUAAAGCCAUUGCUGAUAUUGUCUUUGGAAAAUACAAUCCUGGUGGAAGAUUACCUGUUACCUGGUAUGGAGCUGAUUAUGUCAACAUGUUACCAUUGACAUCCAUGACAUUAAGGCCUGUUGACAGCUUACACUAUCCGGGUCGAACAUAUAGAUUUUUUGAUGGCUUCACAGUGUAUCCAUUUGGAUAUGGCCUCAGCUACACCCAGUUCAAAUAUAAUCUGACAUAUUCAACCAGCUCAAUCUCCAUAAAAUUGGACAAAUUUCAACACUGUCGCAACAUAAACUACACUGAUGGCAUUCAGCCACCCCAAUGCCCGGGGGUUCAAACAAACGAUUUAGCAUGUGAUGAGACUAUCAAAUUUCAAUUGGCAAUUCAAAAUAUAGGUAAUGUAGAUGGUAGUGAGGUUGUCAUAGUGUACUCGAAGCCACCGAGGGGCAUUACGAGAACUCAUUUCAAGCAAGUGAUUGGAUUCCAGAGGGUUUUUGUGGAAGCAGGACAAAGUGAGAAGGUCACCUUCAAGUUUAAUGCUUGCGAGAGCUUAAAAAUUGUGGAUUACGCUGCAAAUAGUCUCCUUCCAUCUGGCGAACACAGCAUUAUAUUUGGUGAUAGUGGAGUCUCUGUCCCUCUUAACGUCAUAUAUUGAUUUCCCUCAUUGGCAAAAGGAAAAUUAUAUUAAAUAGAAUAAAUAGAAGCUUGUAUUUAUAGAAGCUUUAAUCAGUUGUAUCACUUGUAAAGUUGUACUAUU